AUGUGCGCCUUCCCCUUACACUUACAGCAGCGUGCAUCAGCGCCUUUCCCUUACAGCAGCCUUUCCGUUACAGCAGCGCCUUUCCCUUACAGCAGCGCCUUCCCCUUACAGCAGCGCCUUUCCCUUACAGCAGCGCCUUCCCCUUACAGCAGCGCCUUCCCCUUACAGCAGCGCCUUCCCCUUACAGCAGCGCCUUUCCCUUUCCCCUUACAGCAGCGCCAUCCCCUUACAGCAGCGCCUUCCCCUUACCGCAGCGCCUUUCCCUUACAGCAGCGCCUUCCCCUUACAGCAGCGCCUUCCCCUUACAGCAGCGUGCAGCAGUGCCUUCCCCUUACAGCAGCGCCUUUCCCUUACAGCAGCGCCUUCCCCUUACAGCAGCGUCUUCCCCUUACAGCAGCGCCUUCCCCUUACAGCAGCGCCUUCCCCUUACAGCAGCGUGCAGCAGUGCCUUCCCCUUACAGCAGCGCCUUCCCCUUACCGCAGCGCCUUUCCCUUACAGCAGCGUCUUCCCCUUACAGCAGCGUCUUCCCCUUACAGCAGCGCCUUCCCCUUACAGCAGCGCCUUCCCCUUACAGCAGCGUGCAGCAGCGCCUUCCCCUUACAGCAGCGUACAGCACCUCUUCCCCUCACAGCUCCCCUAGUUAG